CCGCGGCGCGCUUACGCUCGGCACUCGACGGCUGCGUGCCGGCACGUUCAUUCAGCGCGGAGGCGACCAGCAACGCGAGGCGUCGACGUUACAUCGCGGCCACCCGUCGGCACUUACCCAGCAACCAUGUCUGGUCACGGCAGGCGCCACUUGAACGACCCGAACUCAGAUGCCUACAGGGCGCACAUGGCAGCUGUCCUGGAGCGCAUGCGCAGGGAGUACGAGAGGAAGCAGCGCGAAGAGGCAGCGCGCCGAGGGAAACACCGAGGCGAUGCUAUUAAGGUGGACGCUGUGGAGGUGUACGCCAAGGACAACGCCAAACACCACCACACGGAAAUGUUCGACAACCUGGAGCUGAGCGACCCUCCGCUCAUCAUAAGACGCGGCCAGUCAUUUUUUCUGGCCAUCCGCUUCAAACGUGAAUACCAGCCUGGAACCGACGAAGUUCACAUCGACUUCAGCAUCGGUCCCAACCCCGAGAUCAGCAAGGGCACCUUCAUGAGCCUGCGUGUGCCGGACACCAAAGGCGACUUCAGCCAGCCUCCGCAGAGCUGGGACGUGCGCCUGACGCAUCACGACCGCGCCGUCAUGUCCCUUCAAGUGUUCGUGCCGGCCAACGUGAGCGUGGGCCUGUGGCGGAUGGCCGUGCUCAGCCGGUCACGCGCCGACCCGGAGGCCAGGGACAAGUAUCGACAUCCGUCCGACAUCUACGUGCUAUUCAACCCGUGGUGCAAAGAUGACGUGGUGUACAUGGAAAACGAAGACUGGCGACGAGAGUACGUACUCAAUGAUGUUGGCAAGAUUUACAUGGGAUCUUGGAAGCAGCCAGAGGGCCGACAAUGGAUUUUCGGUCAGUUUGGAGACAUGGUCCUGCCCGCGUGCUUGCUCGUCCUGGACAAGUCGAACCUUACUUACGCCGCCAGGGCCAAUCCGGUGAAAGUCGUCCGCGCCAUCUCCGCAAUGGUGAACAGUGCUGACGACGGCGGCAUAGUCACUGGCAACUGGUCGGGCAACUACGACGACGGCACGGCACCCUGGAUGUGGACCGGAAGUAGCGCCAUCCUCGAGCAAUACGUCAAAACUGGUGGCACCUCCGUCAACUACGGGCAGUGCUGGGUCUUCUCUGGCGUAUGCAACACCGUGUGCCGUGCGCUCGGCAUUCCGUGCCGUCCGGUUACGUGCUAUGCGUCUGCUCACGAUACGGACGAGAGCAUUACCAUCGACCGUUACUUCGACAAAGAAGGCGAGGAGCUGAAGAAAUACUCCAGGGAUUCCAUCUGGAAUUUCCACGUGUGGAACGAAGUGUGGAUGGCAAGGAAGGACCUACCAUCAGGCUACGGAGGAUGGCAGGCUAUCGACGCUACGCCACAGGAAACCAGCGAUGGCUUCUACCAAGUCGGCCCGUGUUCAGUGAUGGCCGUCAAGAAGGGCGAGAUAGGCUACAUGUACGACUCGCCGUUCGUGUUCGCCGAGGUCAACGCCGACAUCAUCCACUGGAAAGAAGACCCCGAAAGCGCCUUCGGUUGGUCCCGGAGCAAGACGUUAACGUACCAUGUGGGCCUUGGAGUGUUGACGAAAAAAGCCAACGUUAAGAUCCAAGAUGGCAUGGGAGAUUCCGAAGAUAUCACGCACUGUUAUAAGAGCAAAGAAGGAACGGACGAAGAGCGCAUGGCAGUGCUGAACGCAGCGCGCAGCGGCGGCCUCAACGUGUUGUUCGAGCUUCCCAGCGAGUCGAAGCAGGACGUGAGGCUUAAGCUGCAGGACAUCGAGAGCGUCAUGAUCGGCGAGCCGUUCUGCGUGACCGUCAGCAUGCGCAACGAAAGCAACGAGCAGCGCACCAUCAACGCGGUACUCUGCGCCUCGUCGGUCUACUACACCGGCAUCCUGGCGCGCAAGAUCAAGCGUGACAAGGCGACGUUCGUGCUCCAGCCGCAGGAAGAAGAGGUAUUGUCACUGACGGUGGAGCCCGAGGAGUACCUCGAUAAACUGGUGGACUUCGCAAUGGUGAAAAUCUACGUCAUCGCGAACGUGAAGGAGACGAGGCAAACAUGGUCUGAAGAGGACGACUUCACUAUCACGAAGCCGAAAUUGAAUAUUGAGGUCGAGGGACCAGUGAAGGUCGGCCAUCCAUUCAGACUCGUAAUGCGCUUCACAAAUCCACUCAAUGUUCCUCUCCAAGACUGCACCCUGUCCGUUGAAGGCCCUGGCGUCACAAGCGCGCUCAUCGUUCACCUCUCGAAUGUGGCGCCGCACGCCGAGUGGGUGCACCGGGAGACGUUCGUGCCCGCGAGGCCUGGUCCGCGCAACGUGAUGGCCGUAUUCAACUGCCGGGAGCUGUUCAACAUCGAGGGAUCGGCGCAGACGGUGGUCGACGCAUGAGCCCCGACGGCCGUUCGAGUGCGCUCCGCUUUUCUGCAUCUGCAAGGCAGCAAUUUUCAUGGCAGCAAUAGGUGGCUGAGAAGCUUUCGCUCGUGACGCCCAGACUGUGUUGUGUGUAUAGAUGUGAGUCAUAUAAUUGCCAAUAAAUCGCGUGUGUUCGUCUUUAUA